AUGACAGAGUCGCCAAUGGUCUCGAGUUCUUCGAGUCAGGCCCUCUUUCUCCAUCAACUCCAACAAAAACAUUUCAUGGACGAAUAUCUGCGACAGACAUACGGUCAGCAGAAGAGUGAUUUGAUGGAGACUUCAGAGCCCUCCUUUGGUGCCGAGAAUCAGACCGAGAACAAGAUCAAAUUGGAAAGUCAGACCGAGGAAGAGGCCUCGGCCAUCUGGUAUGUCAAGAAUAUUAGGCCAAAGGGGGUCAGAGAACGUUGUGUGGGGGCGGCGAUGACGUUCUAGACGUACUUUUUGUGUGUUUGCCGAGCUCUUCAAAUGUCAGGCAUUCAUUCGUUUGGCCCGAGUUUAGUCACAUGUCUCGCAAAACAAUACUCCGAACAGUGAUCGCUUGGUCUUUUGUUGUCGGAGGCCUGCAAAAGGCCGCUCAUACAGCUGUUUCUGCCCGAUUACGUCAUUGUGACAUAAUUAAUUUAAUUUUAAAACUUGUGUUGAGACCCUCCGGCCGUGCAAGAUGGCCUUGACUAAAUCAGCUAGAAUACGGUAACAACCAGAGAGGAAAGACCUUGACUGAUAAGGAGACAGUGAUAGGGGAAGGUCAGAAACCAAACGCAUCGCAUCUCACACAAAGAAUUAUGCAUUAGACCCACAUUUUGGACGGGUUCCAGUCCCGUAGUCUGUGGACCCUAUAAGACCACUAGAGAGAGAGUGUGCGGAGUGAGGGGAGGGCAGAGAAAACGGAACAUUCCUUAAAUUGAACUCUUUCCGUUUCAGCAGUGUGUGCAACGAUGAGGCCAGUGGAAGACAUUAUGGGGCAUUCACUUGUUUUGGCUGCAAAGGCUUCUUCAGGUGAGUCAUCCAUCCACAUCAGACUUCAAUAAAAAAUUGCAGGCGAACAGUCAGAGCAAACAAAGUUUACACCUGCCGGUAUGAAAAACAGUGCCAAAUCGAUAAAGGUACGCAUUACAGAGUGAAAUCAUGAACUAUCACCUCAAACAGCAUUCUGAAUAAUACUUUCCUCCUUUCAGUAGGCCGAAAUAUCUGCCGUUCGUGCCGUUUCCGGAAAUGUCUGGAAGUUGGAAUGGAGCCAGACGGUAAGGAUGCUCUCGGAAUAUUAGAAUAUCUGUUUACAGCCAUCCGACCGGACCGCGACAAGACUGGAAGACAGAAGAAUCCUCGGAAAUCGACCACUUCCAUGUCAUCUUCGAAGAGUUUCCAUGACAUCGAAGAAGAUCAAGACCGCAAAUCCCCUGAUUCCACAUCUUCUGGAAGCAUCGAUGACAAUCUCAGAUCUCAUUGUGAAACGAUGGCCCCGUCGUCGGUCGCUCUGGCUCAGCGGGACCUUGUCUUGGGGACCCUUCUUCAGAUCGAAAACAUCUGCGCCGAGAUCACUGAUGAUCCCAAACUUCAAUCAUCGCCUCAGGGCUUCAACGAGCUUCAUGAUAUUGUGUUGCGGCCGUCUCUGCUCGGCGAGAGGACUCCAGUAAGUCCAAUCUUCUUACUGAUUCCAUUAAUGUUUUAUGUCAGCUGACAUUGUUUUUUGUAUAUGUUUAUGUGCUUGAUGAGUAAUGUCUGAUCUUCAGCUGGACUACGAGGCCCGAUCUCCCGUCUCCGAUGCGGAUGCACUCUGCGGAGGCCUUCGACGUCUGGUUAUCAUGGCCAUAGAUUACGUAAACACCUUGAAGCCGAUCGCGGACAUUUGCGUGGAAGAAAAGGUGAGAGAUUACUCUCUGGAUACGGGGGAUUAAUCGGGAUGUAUGAGUGGUCGGCGUCAGGAGACCGAGAUGGAGAUGAUCCUGUCUCGUGUUUCAUAAAUUGGUUCCUUUUGGGCUUAAUUCGCACUUUUGAAUGGAAAACAGGGCCGACGUCAGUCACGGGCCAAGACAAACAACUACGGUGGGACUUCUGAAGCCUUGGCCGUUGUUGGGCUGCGGCCAUCUCCUCUCCCCCUUUCCCUUCCUUUUCGAGCGGGUCUGGGGUUUUUCGAGACUAUAGUCGAGACUGAAAACAGCUACUACGGCUAUAGUUAAAUACACUUUUCUCUCACUUCUCCGAGCAUUUCUGGGCAAAGGCCAGCCGCGGAGUCUGCUCUUUGGUCCCGACCCACAAGGUUGUUUUCGGCCAGAGGUUUUUGUGCGUCUCCCCUCGUCCUCUCUCGACUGGAGACCCCAUACUUCCGGGAAAAGGGCCGGAGGGUCUCGUGGUAUGCUUCGUUUUUGCUGUAGAAACAAAUAAAACCAAAAAGGGAGUAAGAGAGUACGGGGACGGGAUUGACGUCAGCGUUCCCCUUUUUGGACUCAACAAAACAUGCAGCCGUACGUUACGGCCCCCAAUCGAAUAUAAAUAAAAUAUGGAUCAAGUGAAGUAUAAAUACCACACAUCAUGACUAGUCUCUGUAAUCCUCCAGACAUAUCGCAAACAAGAUAUUUACAUUCAUAAACAUCGAUUUCAGAUCAUCCUCGUCCGAUCUUUCGUCGCCAGUUUCAUCGUUCUGACCACGAUUCAGAAAAAUGUCACGGAAGGAAACAUGGAGAAACUAUUGCUCCCGAAUGGGCUUUACAUCGAUUCUUCAACUUCAAUGAGUUCCUUGUUUAGCGACUGUCAAAAAGACAUAACCUGGCUGGAUCUCAAAUUCAAGGUCAUCAGAGAUACCAUCAUUGAGAAACUGAACUUCGCCUUCGAGAGAUUGUGCCUGGUAGACCAAGAGAUCGUGUGUUUGAAGGCUUUAAUGGCACUGGAUCCAAAUGUUUAUGGACUCUCCGAAGGGACGGCCAAGGUUUUGAACAUCGCUAGAGAAUCCGUUCAGAACGCUCUUUAUCUGUAUCUGGCCGAGAGAUAUCCCAUCAAUGAAGCCGUUGACAGAUUCGGAAAAAUCCUGAUGCUACUUCCCAACGUUUCAGUAAGUAUUUUAUUAAAAAACAUUCGUUAUGCAACGACGAUAUAAUCAUGCUCUUUCCUGAAUUUUGAAUAACACGUUAAUGAUGAUAUUUGCAGAAGACCGGAGCUCUGUUGUCCACGACUCUCCAGUUGGGCCGGGAUCUUCGACCGGACGCCAAACUGUUGGACCUCUUCUCGGUAUAA